CCCGCUCGAGUUUCAAUGCGCGUUGUUGUUGGACGAAGCUGAGCCCUAUACACCACCCGCUGUUCUACUGAUCAUGGCUACUCCAAGUUCCUUCACCUGCUACUGCCCUUCAUCUUCCUCUCCUGUCUGGUCAGAGCCACUAUACUCUCUAAGGCCCGAGCACGCGAGGGAGCGGUUGCAAGACGACUCGGUGGAAACAGUCACGUCCAUAGAACAGGCAAAGGUGGAAGAAAGGAUCCAAGAGGUCUUCAGUGCUUACAAGUUCAACCACCUUGUACCAAGGCUGGUGUUGCACAGGGAGAAGCACUUCCACUACCUGAAAAGAGGCCUUCGACAGCUGACAGAUGCCUACGAGUGUCUGGACGCCAGCCGCCCGUGGCUCUGCUAUUGGAUCCUGCACAGCUUGGAACUGCUGGACGAACCCAUCCCCCAGAUGGUGGCGGCAGAUGUGUGUCAGUUCCUGGAGCUGUGUCAAAGCCCAGACGGCGGCUUUGGAGGGGGCCCUGGCCAGUACCCACACCUUGCACCCACAUACGCGGCAGUCAAUGCCCUGUGCAUCAUUGGCACUGAGGAGGCCUAUGACGUCAUUAACAGGGAGAAGCUUCUUCAGUAUUUGUACUCUCUGAAGCAGCCCGACGGCUCUUUCCUCAUGCACGUUGGAGGUGAGGUGGAUGUGAGAAGUGCGUACUGUGCCACCUCGGUAGCUUCUCUGACCAACAUCGUCACUCCAGACCUCUUCGAGGGCACUGCCGAAUGGAUAGCAAGGUGUCAGAACUGGGAAGGGGGAAUUGGCGGGGUGCCAGGGAUGGAAGCCCACGGUGGUUACACGUUCUGUGGCCUGGCCGCACUGGUCAUCCUCAAGAAGGAACGUUUCUUAAACUUGAAGAACUUGUUGCAAUGGGUGACAAGCCGGCAGAUGCGGUUUGAAGGUGGAUUCCAGGGCCGCUGUAACAAGCUGGUGGAUGGCUGCUACUCCUUCUGGCAGGCAGGGCUCCUACCCCUCCUCCACCGGGCACUGCAUGCUCAAGGUGACCCUGCCCUCAGCAUGAGCCACUGGAUGUUCCAUCAGCAGGCCCUGCAGGAAUACAUUCUCAUGUGCUGCCAGUGCCCCGCCGGGGGGCUUCUGGACAAGCCUGGCAAGUCGCGGGACUUCUACCACACCUGCUACUGCCUGAGCGGCCUGUCCAUAGCUCAGCACUUCGGCAGUGGAGCCAUGUUGCACGACGUGGUCCUGGGUGUGCCCGAAAACGCUCUGCAGCCCACCCACCCUGUGUACAACAUCGGCCCGGACAAGGUGAUCCAGGCCACCAUGCACUUUCUGCAGAAGCCAGUCCCAGGCUUCCAGGAGCACGAGGGUGAGGCAACGGCAGAGCCUUCCGCCGACUAGAGGACCCGAGGGGCCCGAGUCCCUGUGUGCACCGCAGCUCCGUUUCACCUGCUCAGGCCGAGGAUUACACGUGGCGAUACACACUGCAUUCUCUGCUGCACAGGCCUCGGCCACUGCGAGCUGUGCUUGCCCGUUCUUGUCCAACAGAACAAAACCGAUGACUCUGGGUUUGGAGAACACAGUGACGUGGUUUUAAACAAAUUCUUUCCACUCCUGACAAGCCAAAAAUCCAUCAGCACGUGCAGCAUCUAAACCCACUUGGGCCUGGCCAGGGUUGGUUGGGGAACAGUACACGCUGGGAGGAGGCAGCCCCUCCCCACCAGCUCUCCGGCCAGGACAGUUCUGUGGAAAUGAAUGACGUCCACGAGUAUGAGUAUGAGCAUCUACUGCCGGGACUCCCGCUUGCACGCCACCACUAAGUCGCCAGGACGGUGCCCUCCCCUGGGCAAAUAGGGCAAAUAAAUCUGCUCCGUGGCAAGAUGAAUUUUCCAGAGAAAGAAACCAUGGAGGAGCCCAAGGCUCUCGCCUUCCUCGUUUGCACUGGAAAAGGGCCGGGCUGGGGGAGAGCUGUCUCCUUGAGUCGUGAGUCCCUCCUCCUCCACACAGGAGAACCGAGCCACACGUCUCGGGAAGGCCACGCUUAGUGUGCGGGCAGGAUUUGCUUCAGCCCCAGGUGUGGGAAACCAAUUAUGAGUGGAAAAUUAAUGUCGAAUUCAACUCUGUGCCAGAGGAAGCAGCCCGGGGCCCACGCCCUCACCCCACCCCAUCAUGUACCGUGAAAAACCCCCCUGAUGGCUGCAAGGCAGCGCCUGCAGCCUGUGGCCAAUUCUGCGCGGUUUCCAUCUUUUUCCACCGAGCCCCAGCCCAUGCUGUUCAAAGACAGUGUUGUCUUCUCUCAUCCAGAGUAUUAAUAACUACUAAGUCUUUCACCUUAAUUUCCAACUCAGGAUUUUUUUCACAUUCUGCCCACUCCAGGCUCAGAGAAAUAAAAUCAAGUGCUAGAGGCAGGGCCGAGUGCCGCCUGGUGUGUUAGGCCUCCGCUGCUCACACAGAACCCUGGUCAGUGGGGCGUCGAGUUGGGUCGUCUGUCCACUGCUGUGGUCACAGCAAGCUCCAUGUCGCUGACCUGGCUUUCACAUGGGCAGGCAUGGGCUGUGGGCAGAUGAGAGCUCAGAGUUGCAGCCUGAGGCUCUUCUCAAACACUCUGGCCAUUGGCUGCCUCUAAUUCCCUGUUGCUUUGGUGUAUUGGACUAUGUAUUAUCUCCCUGAAAUAAUAAAGGAAUAACAUUUUC